AUGACACAGUGCGUAGACGGGUUUAAGCAUGUAUGCAACUCUUUGUUGCGCUGUUUUGAUAUUGAUAUAGGCAAAUCUUCUGGAGACCCUGAACUACUUGCCAGAGACACUGUUUUUAGCGUGAGUGAAAUAGAGGCUCUCUAUGAGCUGUUUAAGAAAAUCAGCAGUGCUGUAAUUGAUGAUGGGCUGAUAAACAAGGAAGAGUUUCAACUGGCCUUAUUCAAGACAAAUAAAAAAGAGAGCUUGUUUGCAGACCGGGUAUUCGAUUUGUUUGACACAAAACAUAAUGGGAUACUGGGGUUUGAGGAGUUUGCUCGUGCUCUCUCCGUUUUUCAUCCAAAUGCUCCUAUAGAUGACAAGAUUGACUUUUCGUUUCAGCUGUAUGAUCUUAAGCAGCAGGGUUUCAUCGAAAGGCAGGAGGUGAAGCAAAUGGUGGUAGCUACUCUUGCUGAGUCAGGCAUGAACCUGUCAGACGAAGUCAUUGAGAGUAUUAUUGACAAGACAUUUGAGGAAGCUGAUACGAAACACGACGGGAGGAUCGAUAAAGAAGAGUGGAGGAUCCUUGUUCUUAGGCACCCUUCUCUUCUGAAAAACAUGACUCUUCAGUAUCUCAAGGAUAUCACGACUACGUUUCCGAGCUUUGUGUUUCAUUCGCAGGUGGAAGAUACCUGA